AUGCUUCGUGAUGCGUAUGGCAUUAAGCGCGACCAAGUUGACGAAAUUAUACUUCCGUCUAAUGGAGCCAGCAGAAAUGGCCAAGACAAUCUUCGUCAUAGAACAACCAGUACUCUCUACAAGCUUGCCACAUUUGGAUUAGGAGAAGCUUCAGGCAUAGCAAAACUGCAGAAUGACAUUGAACUAGAAAAUGGUAAUACGUUUUCUAAUCUAGCGGGCGAGGAGUCUGUUUCCAACGAUAAUGUCAAGCAGAAACGCAUAAAAGUGGAUGGCCAUUUUAAAGUUAUUAUUGGAGCAGCAGUUAUUCUUACAAUAUGUACCAGCAUUCUUUGGUAUUCAUUGGUUUGGCCCUGGCAUCUUGGUACUUCUAAUCAAGUAUCUGCCGAUUCCACCAUCGCGUCAGCGUUAUCCCAUGAAGCGCCAUCAUCCAACAAUAUUGCUAUUGACAGUGAUAGCGAUAUCAGCAAUGACGCAAACAUAGACCAUGAUGGAGUGUUUAGUGAACGUUUUGAUUUAAACUCUAGAUUCGGUCUUUCCUCCGUUUACGAGUCUCCUAAUAUUGCAGAAGGUGACAAGGUUUUGGAUGCUGGUCGUGUUCUUUUCCCCCCACCUCCAAGUGAUCAUGCCAAUCCAAAACUCGACAAGAUUGCAGUGGUGAUUCUAACCACCCAAGAUACGGCUCACAUAUCUAUUCCUACACAGGCACAAACGUUUUUGAAGCAACUCAAAAACUUCCUUGUAGUGAGUGAUCGAUCAGGCCAGUAUGGCGGAUCCGAGACGGCUGGAAGUGUAGUCAAUCGCAGCUCUACAAACAAGGUAUUUUCGCAAAGUGAGCAGGGCCUGCUUGCACUUCAAGAUUUAUAUAGUGCUUUUCCAGAUUCAGAGUGGUUUAUCGUGAGUCGUGACAACAAUUACAUGUUUUUGGACAACAUCAAAGCAUUUCUCGAUGAUGCCAAAUACGAUUACAAAAUGCCCAUUUAUUUUGGCAGUCAGACCAUCUUUAAAGAAUGCAAAACACUUACACAACCUCUUGCCAAACCAGAAGUCAGGAUUGGUGAUCUGUCUUCUGGUAUUAUUUUGUCUCGAUCCUCUGUUCAAAAAAUUGUUGAAGAAAAAACUGCCAAAAUAUGUAUCCAAAAGUACACUUUGUGCCAUUCCAGUGAUGUGGUACUUGGUCUUUGCCUUGCCGAUCAGAGCAUUAGAAUGACACCAGAGCCGCGACUAAACUCUCGCUCGCUAUCGAGUCUGACUUGGCCUAUGGAUGCAUGCCAAGAGCCUUUUUCCUUUCCUAAAACUUCUCCACGUUUAAUGCUGCGUAUUCAUUCUGGCCAAUAUGCCACGGGCGUCACUUCUAGUGGUGAAACGACCAAAUGGAAUCACCAUAUCAAUUAUGCUAAUAUCUUUUCACAUGUGUACCAUGAUAUUGGUAUGUUUUUUUCAAACCCGGGCUAUGAAAUUCCUGGUGGCGAUUUUAUGAAUGCACAAGCGGAAAGUGGUCAGAAUUGCCAAACUCUCUGCAAAACUGAAAUCAAAUGUCUGGCAUGGACCUAUGAUAUCAAACUAAAAACGUGCUGGCUCAAGAACACUCUUUCACCCAAGAGGGAUCGUCAAAAUGCCGUGUCUGGGGUUUUACCUUCUAGAUACACUUGCAAUAAGGACCAAUUCAAGCCUAAAAAGGACAGAAAAAGACAUUCUACCUUUAAACACGCUGCUAUAUCUGGACCGCUUCCCAAACCAGGAACUGCAGCGCCUCUCAAACCAGGAACUGCAGCGCUUCCUGUAAAUCAACCUAAACGAUUGAUUGGAAGAAAGAGAAAGUUUUCUGGAAAAAACUGA